UUUAUUUAUUUAUUUAUUUAUUUAAACCGACCAACAGUAUACCGAAAAACCCAACAUCAUCGUCAAUCCAUCGAUCACACUUUGUUUCUUUCGCUUUCGCACUAUCUUUCUUUCCCUCGCAAUUAUUCCGAUCGAUUUCGGGUUUUAGGGUUUCUCAUAUUCAAUUCAACAACCCAUCAUCAUUCAUCAUUCUAACUUUCUCUCUUUCUCUCGCACGCUUGCGUCCGAUUUGAGGUUUUAGGGUUUGCGAAUGACAAUGGCUGCCCCAGGGCAUCUCAACGUCACUGAAUCUCCUUCCCGUGGAUCCCGCAGCGUUGAUUGCUUCGAGAAAUUGGAGCAAAUCGGCGAAGGAACCUAUGGUCAGGUUUACAUGGCCCGAGAGAUCGAAACCGGUGAAAUUGUCGCCCUGAAGAAAAUACGAAUGGACAAUGAGAGAGAAGGGUUUCCUAUAACUGCUAUACGUGAAAUCAAAAUUCUAAAGAAACUACACCAUGAAAACGUAAUCAAGUUGAAGGAAAUCGUCACAUCUCCAGGUCCUGAGAAAGAUGAUCAAGGGAGGCCAGAUGGCAACAAAUACAAAGGGGGCAUAUAUAUGGUCUUCGAAUACAUGGACCAUGAUUUAACAGGUCUUGCAGACCGGCCUGGCAUGAGAUUUACUGUCCCCCAAAUUAAGUGUUACAUGAGGCAGCUUUUGACAGGACUUCACUAUUGUCAUGUCAAUCAAGUUCUUCAUCGUGAUAUCAAAGGUUCAAAUCUUCUCAUAGAUAAUGAAGGUAAUCUGAAGCUGGCAGAUUUUGGAUUGGCUCGGUCAUUUUCGAAUGAGCACAAUGCAAACCUUACAAAUCGAGUCAUCACAUUAUGGUACAGACCCCCUGAGUUACUACUGGGGACAACAAGGUACGGGCCAGCUGUGGAUAUGUGGUCUGUUGGGUGCAUUUUUGCUGAGCUUCUUCACGGGAAGCCCAUCUUUCCUGGAAAAGACGAGCCAGAGCAAUUAAAUAAGAUUUUUGAGCUGUGUGGAGCACCGGAUGAGACGAACUGGCCUGGAGUUACUAAGACUCCUUGGUACAAUCAGUUUAAGCCAACAAGACCGAUGAAAAGGCGCCUGAGGGAAGUUUUCAGACAUUUUGAUCGCCAUGCAUUGGAGUUGUUGGAGAAGAUGCUCACACUUGAUCCAGCUCAGAGAAUUCCUGCCAAGGACGCACUUGAUGCCGAGUAUUUCUGGACUGAUCCAUUACCAUGUGAUCCCAAGAGUUUACCCAAGUACGAGUCAUCACAUGAGUUUCAGACCAAGAAAAAGCGUCAGCAGCAACGGCUGAAUGAAGAAAAUGCCAAACGUCUUAAAAUGCAGCAUCCACAGCAGCAUACCCGUCUUCCGCCGAUUCAGCAGGGUGGACAACAUGCCCAAAUGCGGCAAGGUCCUUCCCACCCUGUUCAUGGUUCUCAACCAGCAGUUGCUGCCGGACCUAGCCAUCAUUAUGGUAAGCCUCGAGGGCCUUCUGGUGGGCCAGGAAGAUAUCCUCCUGGUGGGAACCCUAGUGGGGGAUACAAUCAUCCAAAUCGUGGAGGUCAAGGAGGGGGUGCUGGUUAUGGCAGUGGACCAUAUCCUCCUCAAGGGCGAGGAGCACCUUAUGGGUCUAGUGGUAUGCCUGCAGGACCCGGCGGCGGUGGUCCUCGUGGUGGAGGUGGCAGUGGCUAUGGAGUUGGAGCUCCAAAUUAUCCUCAAGGUGGUCCUCCAUAUGGUGGGUCGGCUGGUGGUCGAGGGUCAAACAUGAUGGGUGGGAAUCGCAAUCAACAGUAUGGUUGGCAGCAGUAGGACACUUUCUUAUCAUGACAAUUGAUAUUUGUUGUCUUUUGGUGAUGCUCUGCGAGAUGGUUGGUUCUUGAUAAGAAGUGAUAAUAGGAUUAGAGAAUGAGAGUAUUUGAGAAAAAUACAUAUUCCCUAUGAAUUUUAGAUUGUUUAUAACAAUAUGAUUAUUACUUGAUCUGUCCGGAAUGGUCCUUGAAGUUAUGAGACUACGUAAUGGAAGAAAACUUGUUGAUGUUAUUUUAGAUGUUUUAUGCCUUAUAUCUGCAGCUUGUUUGAAUGGAAGCAAUAUGCUUCAUCAAUAUAUGUUAGAAGCUGCUGUUCAAGUUAAUAGAAUUUAUUAGUAUACACCCUUUGUACUGAAUUUUGUUUUCUUUACAUGCAGACAACGAUACAUUGUAACUAGCUGUUUCAAUUUUAUUUUAUGACAACCCCCUGCUUCAACUGUAA